GUCCAGCAGCAGCUGGUGGUUAAAGAAGAGGUUCCCCCUGAGCAGCAGGAGUGGAGCUCCAGUCUGGACCAGGAGGACCCAGAGCCCCCCCCACACAUUAAAGAGGAACAGGAGGAACUCUGGAUCGGUCAGGAGGGAGAGCAGCUUCAAGGGCUGGAGGAGGCUGAUAUCACCAAGUCCACAUUCACUCCUGACCCUGUGAAGAGUGAAGAUGAAGAAGAGAAACCUCAGUCCUCUCAGCUUCAUCAAAGACAAACUGAACACCUGGAAACAGAAGCUGAUGGAGAGGACUGUGGAGGACCAGAACCAGCCAGGAACUCAGAUCCAGAGAGACAUUUACAACCAGAGACUGAGGACAACCCAGGAGACUCUUCUGAACCUGACACUGAAGACAGUGGAGAUUUGAAGGAGCCCAGAGAACCUGUGUCAGCUUCAAAUAAACAAGAGCCUGUCAGUGAUUCAAGACAUAGUGCUAGAAAGAAACGCUUUAGAUGCUCUCAGUGCGGGAAAGAAAAUUGCAGCAAGUUACAUCUGAAUAGACCCAUGAGCACCCACACAGGAAGGAAAGCAUUCAGCUGCUCAGUUUGUAACAAUUAUUUUACUCAGAAAUCAAGUUUACAGACACACAUGAAAAUCCACACAGGUGAGAAACCAUUCAGCUGCUCAGUUUGUAACAAUUCUUUUACACAGAAAGGAGGUUUAAAGAGACACAUGAUAAUCCACACAGGAGAGAAACCAUUCAGCUGCUCAGUCUGUGAGAAGUCUUUAAAACAUAGAGGAGAUUUAAAGAGACACAUGAGAAUCCACACAGGAGAGAAACCAUUCCAUUGUAGUUUUUGUGAUAAAAGAUUUAUCCGGGGUAAUCUGGUCAAAACCCAUAAGUGUGUUGGUCGUCAGUCCUCACAGCUUCAUCAAACUCAAACUGAGGAGAACAGAGAGGCAGAGCCUCCAGCCAGCAGCUCAGCUGAACACAUGGAAACAGAAGCUGAUGGAGAGGACUGUGGAGGACCAGAACCAGCCAGGAACUCAGAUCCAGAGAGACAUUUACAACCAGAGACUGAGGACAACGACACAGAUGACAUAUUCUGUUCAUUUUCAGACGUCCAGCAGCUGGUGGUGGUUAAAGAAGAGGUUCCCCCUGAGCAGCAGGAGUGGAGCUCCAGUCUGGACCAGGAGGACCCAGAGCCCCCCCCACACAUUAAAGAGGAACAGGAGGAACUCUGGAUCAGUCAGGAGGGAGAGCAGCUUCAGGAGCUGGAGGAGGCUGAUAUCAUCAAGUCCAUAUUCACUCCUGUCACUGUGAAGAGUGAAGAUGAGGAAGAGAAACCUCAGUCCUCUCAGCUUCAUCAAAGACAAACUGAACACCUGGAAACAGCUGAUGGAGAGGACUGUGGAGGACCAGAACCAGCCAGGAACUCAGAUCCAGAGAGACAUUUACAACCAGAGACUGAGGACAACCCUGGAGACUCUUCUGAGAAGAAGACCAGAGAACCAGGUUCAAACUCUCAGAGAAAUGAACAAGACCCUGUCAGUGAUUCGAGAUGUAGUGCAGGAGAGAAACCAUUCAGCUGCUCAGUCUGUAAGAAAUCCUUUCCAGAGUAUCGCCGUUUAAAGAAACACAUGAUAAUCCACACAGGAGAAAAACCAUUCGGCUGCUUAAUCUGUAAGAAAUCUUUUACAGUGAGAGAAAGUUUAAAGGACCACAUGAGAAUCCAUUCAGGUGAGAAACCAUUCAGCUGCUCAGUCUGUAACAAUUCAUUUAGACAUAGAGUUAGUUUAAAGAAACACAUGAUAAUCCACACAGGACAGAAACCAUUCAGCUGCUCAGUUUGUAAUACAUCUUUUGCACUGAGAGGAAGUUUAAAGGAUCACAUGAUAAUCCACACAGGACAGAAACCAUUCAGUUGCUCGGUCUGUAAGAAAUAUUUUACACAGAGUGGAAGUUUAAAGGAACACAUGAGAAUCCAUACAGGAGAGAAACCAUUCAGCUGCUCAGUUUGUAAUACAUCUUUUGCACUGAGAGGAAGUUUAAAGGAUCACAUGAUAAUCCAUACAGGAGAAAAACCUCACAGCUGUGAUCAAUGUGGGAAAACAUUUUCUCGGCGUAGUAACCUCAAAGUCCACCAACACGUUCACGCUGCAGACCUUUAAUAAUUCUCCACGGAGCUAGCUAGCUGAUUUCUCUUGCUUGCACUCUGAUAGGUGUCGUGAUUGAAAACUACUGAUUGCUUGAGUUCCUCUCAGGUCUUUUUCUUAUGACCAUUUCUGUAUAAAGUAUAUUCUUUGUGUUAAUUCUGUGUAUUAUUAUAUAUUACUCAAAUUUGCAGAAGUGCGAUGCAUUUCCUGAUAUAGCUAACUUUACUAUAGCUAACUUUUUUUCAACACAACUGUCUCGGGGCUUCUUAACAUUUAAUAAACUAUUAAUGUGUGAUACCUA